AUGUACACGAAAGAAUGUCUUCCACUUGUCGACUUGACUGCAAAGCUAAGUCCGUCUAUUGUGUCUACUUUGCAACUCAGUCUACAGCAAUUUGGCGCUUUUCGACUCGUUGCUCCGCAACUCACUGGAAAUCUCUCACAAAGAGUCAUGCAAGAUGCUCGUGGGUUCUUUCAACUGCCAAUCGACGUAAAAAGUAGAUCAAAAGGUUAUUCGGCUCUUGGCACAGAACUUGUCCUUGGAAGAACCGCUAUCCCCAAGGAGAGUAUUUAUUUCUUUCAAAAUGGCGGAGAUGAUUGUACUCCUCCCCCUUCAGAUCUCCAGAAUUAUAUCAAAGAAUUCCACAAUGAAUGGACGAAAUUUCGAAAUGAGCUAUUCAACACAGUGUCCACUAUUCUAGGCUCGACAGUGCCUUUGACAGGCACACCCGCUCUUGAUCACGAGACUGUCGCCGUUAACUUCUACGAUUCUGAUAAUCUGAGCCUUGAGAAAGCCCAGUUCUGUCCACCCCAUAAAGACGGUGGUACAUUGACGAUAUUAGUCCGGAACAGCAAUGCAGGCGAUGGGUUGGAAAUUGCUGAUCUUCGAUCAACUGAAAAGCUUGACAGCGAGGGUAUAGGCCGGGAAGCUUCUUUUAUCUCCAUCCCUGCAGUUGAGAAUGAGGUCAUCGUGCUUGCAGGGACUGGUUCCCAGCGUCUUUUGGGUAAAGAUAAGAUUCGUGCAUGUGUGCAUCGAGUUUCUCGUCCUGUGCAGACAGGUGCUAAGCAAGAGAGACUAAGUCUUGCUAUAUUCUGUGGACCUCCUAUAAAAUCCAUUAAUAGUUAG